AUGACGCAUGCGCUCAAUUUUAACUUCUAGUCAGUCGUUUUAAUGAUAAAAUAAUACACAACAAAAUUAAUUAUAUAAUUUAAUAAAUUUUUUAAUUUGACAAUAAUCGAAUUGAUAAAAAGUAAAAUAAUUAAAUUGGUGACAAAAUGAGUCUUUCGCCUCGAGAAUUAGUUAAACUAUUGGGUAUUAUUGAUGAAAAGAAUAUUGACACACCUUUGGAUAACCUCAUUAAAAGACUUCAUCAAGAAUUUUCACCUGAAGAUAAAUUUAGAAUUGGUUUUACUAUUGUUAUGUUAUUACAACAAAUUGAUUUAUUACCAAAUGAUGUUCAACGGAUAAUAGCAUUAGCAUUAUUGUAUCAUCUAUAUCAAGGAGAAGUUUUCUCAUCGACACCUUUUGCUAGUGUAUUUAACCAGAUGCUAAAGCCAACGACAAACAACUUAUCCAUGAAUGAUGGCAAAUCAACAUCAUCUGGACAUAUCCCUAUAUUGUCGCUCUGUGAAAAAAAAUUUGUAGCAAAUUUAAUAAAAUCUAAAGGUGGAGAAGCAGCAAAAAAAAGUCCCAAACAGUUAAUAGAUGAUUUAUAUUUCUCUUCAAUGACUGCUGGCGAUUUUUUAACAAAUUUACAAUUGGAGUUGGAAGAAUUUCAUACGGAAUUUUUAAGUAUCAAUAAAUCAGGUGGAAUUCCAUCAAUGUUAACUGAUAAUAAUAGUACACCAAUAAAUGAAGAAUUAAUGUCUCCAAUGCAUGACAAGAAAGAUGUUAUAGAAAAAAAGACAUUAGUUUUUGAUGUAGAUAAUUCGCCGCCGUUAACAACUCCUUCACCUACUUCAAAUAAUCAAUCACAACAACGACGAUUAGCUCCUCCAAUAUAUGAUCCAGCUAAAUGUGUCAAGUGGAUGGAUCCACCACCAGAACCGUCCGAGUUUAAUUCUGAUUUUGACGACAACACAACAAUGUGUGUAUCAAACAAUACUGGUGCUGAAGCUCGACGAUUAAUGACUAAAGCCUUCAAAAGUGUUCUUACACUACAGCAACAACAACAUUUGGUUACGGAAUUGAAUAAGGAUCCAAAACUUGUUUAUCACCUUGGCUUGACUCCAACUAAAUUACCAGAUUUAGUUGAAAAUAAUCCUUUAAUUGCUAUUGAAGUACUCUUAAAACUCAUGCACUCAAGUCAAAUAACGGAAUACUUUAGUGUUUUAGUUAAUAUGGAAAUGUCACUACAUUCCAUGGAAGUCGUUAAUCGCCUUACAACGACAGUAGACUUACCAACUGAAUUUGUUCAUUUGUAUAUAAGUAAUUGUAUAUCAACUUGUGAAACAAUCAAAGAUCGAUAUAUGCAAAAUCGACUGGUACGACUUGUUUGCGUAUUUUUGCAAUCACUGAUUAGAAAUAAAAUAAUUAAUGUUCAAGAAUUGUUUAUUGAAGUUCAAGCAUUUUGUAUUGAAUUCAGUCGGAUAAGAGAAGCUGCAGCUUUAUUUCGUCUUCUUAAACAACUUGAAUCUGGUGAUACUGCUGGACUCAAUUCUUCUGCUAAAAAAAAUCCAGAAUCUUCAUAAAGGAACUUGUAAACAUUUAUUUAUUUAAAUUUUAUAGCGAUUGAACUAUAC